AGUUUGCGAGUAUUUUUUUACCCUCCACUCCCUGGGGAUGAUAUUAUUACCGCGUAGACUUCAGCCGCCGUACCUACUAGUGCAGAGAAGACUUUUACGUUUGUCAGAAGACAUAACCAAAAWUACAAGAUGUGCAUGUAUUGAAUUCAAUAGAAUAUCGAAAUGUCAAGCAAUAAGGAUUUAGUUUCCUUCUUGCCGAGCAAAACUGCAAACGUUGUGUAAUUCAAAGAUCAAAGAAUCAAAAGAUUGGUGGCUGACAUGUAGCCUGUCUGCAAAGUGAGCAAGGAUUUUGAAUCAUGAGUGUAACAAAGAACUCAAACACUGGGUAUUUACACAACCUUUGUAGCCGAGGUGCAGUAAAGGAAAUUACUAAGUACCUAAAAGAAUCCUUGAGCAGUGCAAACCAAUUAGAAGAACGAGUUGGUUUCCUUGGUUACACGCCUCUGCAUGAAGCAACGCAUGGAGGACAUGUAUCUGUGGUUCGAUUGCUACUGUUGUAUGGAGCAAAUCCUAACACUACAGCUAAUGGCUUCUACACUUGCCUGCACAUGGCUGCAUCCAUGGAUAAUGUGGAGUGUGUCGAGGAAUUGAUCAAACAUGGGGCUAAUAUUGAAAGUCAGGAUGAGUUUCGGAAAACUCCUUACGAGACUGCCGUCAUCCAUAGAUGUAGACAUACUGCACAACUCCUUAAAAGUGCAGAAAUCAAAAAGAUGGCCAAAGAUAAUGACCCAAGGUUAAAAGAAACAGUAAGAAACCUCAAACCAGAGGACAUCUCUCCAACAUGUCUACAAGAAGCCCUUGAAAUCGCUUGUCAAAGAGGUCAUGUUAAUGCAAUCAAUUAUAUUAUCUUGGCUGAUGACAAAGAGACUCUUAAACUCAACGACUGCAUCCAGAUUACAUUAAGAUUCAACUAUGUACAGGCAUUGUCUGUGUUGCUAGUUUGUUUUGCAGCACAAAAAGGCUAUAUUGAGAUGCUAGGGUAUCUGUUAGAUAUUCCACAAACACAACAACAAAAAGAUGCUUCACUUUUACAGCUUCCCCAUUCAAAGAUGUGUCAUCCCCACAUUAAUUACAUCAGGAGCUACCUAAAGGACAAAGAAAUAUUCAAUGUUGCUGUCCCCAUAAAGAUAGCAACUCACAAAAAGCACAAAAAUGCCACAAGGAUUCUUCUUCUCUGCACCAACUGCGACAAGAACACCAAACAAAUAGAUUGGAGAAAACUGGGUUUACACGAGAUUGAUCCUUCAUGGUUCAAAGACAUUAGAUGGGCAGAAAAGCUUUUCUUACUCCACAAUAUGCUUUCAACCAUACCCAGUAAUAUCAUAGACUUACACAGGCUUUGUAGGCUUGAUCUUCAAAACAACCAGCUGCAUCGAAUACCAAGCGGCCUGCUAAAAAUGAAUUGUUUAAGAACUUUGAACUUGUCGAAAAACAAGUUGACAGAGCUUCCAAAAAAGUGCCAUUGGUCACCGUCUCUGAACACUCUCGAUCUAAGUGAUAAUUUUUUGGACUCUUUGCCAGAGAAUAUGGGCAGAGCAAAACUCAGAACUCUGUCUAUUGCAAGAAAUAACUUUUAUGAUGUUCCUGCCUGUGUUUGCAAGAUUUUAACCCUUGGAAAGUUAGACUUGUCUGGGAAUAGGAAUCUAAGAGAACUGCCCAAAGAAAUGGGUCGAUUGACUGAUAUUUAUUCUCUGAAACUGGAAAACCUUGAUCAGGUAACUGAUCCCCCAGACGAGAUCAAGAAGAACGGUACCAAGACAAUCAUGUAUUUACGUGCCAAACUACGUUCAUCUAAAGGAUAUUAUUCUAUGAAGUUGAUGUUGGUUGGUCGGGCUGCCCAGGGGAAAACCACCCUAAUGCAUCGUUUGAUGCUUGACUACAAUUACAACCUUAACAGCUGUACUAACGGAAUUUCAAUGGAAGAAUUUCGUCUGAGGAAGGAUCUGUUCCACAAAGAGUACAUCUUUAAAGUCUGGGAUUUUGGUGGCCAGGAAGACUAUUAUGCGACUCAUCAGUGCUUCUUGUCUACUCUCUCACUUUAUAUCCUUGUGUGGAAUCUAGAAGAAGGCGAAGAAGGUAUAGCCAAGCUGGAAGGCUGGCUGGACACCAUAUCCGCUCGGGCUCCUCGUUGUUCAUCGUUUAUUAUCGUGGGGACGCAUUUGGAUAAGAUUCGAAAAGACAGAGUGAAGUAUGACGAGGGCUAUGUCCGUAGGAUGCACGCGUUGGUGGAACAACUGCAGAAUCAGCCCAAGUACGCGAAUAUUGAUUUCAAGGCCAUAAAGGAGGUUAGCUGUGCAGUGGAUUCAAGAGAAGGUAUCGAUGACUUAAGGAUCACUGUUUAUGAUGCAGCUUGUUCAAUGCUGAAAACCGAUGGCCCCCAAACGGUAUCUGUGAUGGGAGAGCUGAUACCUCACAGUUACUUUCUGGUGGAAGAGCUUGUCCAAAACAAGAGAGACGAACUCAAGACAAUGAACAGGUUACCCAUCAUUCAUCGAGAAGCCUUCGAGGCUCUUGUCACAGACACAGUUAGAAGAGACUCCGAUGACGUAGAGGAUCCUAACGAUAUCAAAGAUGUAACUAACUUCUUAAACGAGAGAGGUAUUAUUAUGCAUUAUAAUGACCCUAACCAAGACCUUCAAGACUAUUUCUUCCUCGAUCCUUCCUGGCUGUGUGAUCUUAUGGCUCGUGUUGUCACCCUCAAACAGGCCAAUCCCCACAUUGAGAACGGUAUACUCCACCGCGACAAAUUUCAGUUCAUCUUCAAAGACGAAAGAUUCCCUUACGAUAACUACCCGCAAUUCGUGCGCCUGUUAAACCGCUUCCAGAUCGCAUGCUCACUGGAUGAAAACCGGCUUCUUGUGCCAUCAAAACUCCCUGAAGAAAAACCCGAGAAGAUAGUCGACAUCUCUCUGCUAUUUGUCACUAUAAAGCGUAAACAUUCUCUUCCGUUCAUUCCUUAUGGAUUUUGGGACAGAUUUAUAGCACGAUUUUUGUAUUACACAGAAGAUAUGCUAGCGUCUGGACUUGGCAGGCUUGGCAGUCCAUUAGGGCUGGAGAACCACAGUCGUUUUAUCGUAGAUAAAAGUUGCUGCAAGUGUCCUCUUCACACAAAGAAUGGUGAUUUGUUGGCUACUCCGGUCUCCCAGGAAGGUGUUUCUAUCAGCGACGAUGACGAAGAAAUGGUCGACGAGAUGGACAACGAUGCGGAUGAGUUUGCUUUGCGUGGUGUCUACAUCAAUGGAGACAGCGAGCAGCAGCACAAUGGAGUCUGGAUUAAUGGGCAGUGGUUUGGGAAUGCUGCUUCGGGCAGCAGAAGUGAUUCUGAUGUUGACUACAGCACCGAUGAAGAUGAGUGUUCUAGCUACGGUUACGGCUCACAGAGUGAUCACUAUACUCCGAGAAUCAUCCGGUGUAAGGAUUCAGCUUCUGGACGGAACGUGAUAAAAGGAAGUGCACAUCACAAGAAAAGCAAACGAUCAGACAAGAACUCACAAGAUCCUCUUUCUCAAAGCUUCAACGAGGCUGCUCUCAAAAGCGGUAGCCGCAUUGUAUCCCCUCCUCCUUCGAAAUCAAAUUCUCUUCCAUCGUCCUUCCCUGGUGAUUUCUUCGAAAACAAAAGUGAUAGUGAACAAGGGGUUCAAUCAAGUCCUUCCUUUGGGGAGAGGUCUCUGAGUAGCACGAAUGGCGGGAUUGGUUCAUUUGAGGAGGGGAACCAAGCAAGUGAGACAUCAGAAGAUCCAGGCCAGUCACGUGAUGUUCCUACUCAAACCUCAUCGUCGUCUGGUUCGAGUCUUUCAAGUCAAUCAUCAAACGGAAAACCCCAGUCAAAUCUUUCGUAUGAUGAAACUUCUUUGCCUGACACUGAUGGCCCGACUGGAUCCUUUGAAAACAGCGAUUCCUUGCAUGGCAGUAUUUCUUCAGAUGCUUUCAAACAAGAAGAUCAGUCAAGCAUCUCAAAUGAUGUCAAUUAUCAUGUUGCUGCAAAUGGAGAUCUUUCCGACCACAUCCAUCCUUCGACAGGUGUCCAUCAAGACAUUGAAGCAGUUAACAAUGAUCAUGAUACGUCUAAAAAGUUUAAAGAAAGCUCCUUGCCUAUCAAAACCCAACCAUUUCGUCAAGAGGAGAAUCACCAGAAACGUUCUUCCAACGUUUCAAACGUUGAUAUCACAUCAUCAAAUCCACUCUUGCCGAGCAUUGAACGAUAUCUGAAUAUUGAAAACACUGCAAAAAGUGGUGAAACUCCACGAUCGCAUCCAGAAAAUCAUCAAUUUGAAUAUGACGCAGAAGUCAGCGAUAACAUCGUGACGACACCUUCAAAUGAUGUCGAGGGUCGAGUAGAUCUGGUUGAGAAAACUGAAUCUUCUGAAAUGCCAGAAUCUUCGUUCGAUGAGAAAGAAGACGCUUUGAAAUCGUCUCAACCAAUCAACCCCAAGAAAGACGAGCUACUUGUUAAGCAAGGUCAUGAGAUAAAGAGACAAUCGAGGGGUUCCCAUAUUUUUCAAGACCUUGUUCACAGCGAUGACUGUCCAUUACACAGUGACUUUCCUUUUGACCAGAUACCGGACGUUCCUACUGAUCUGAGUACACUUAUAGACAAUAAAUUCCUUCAUUGCUGGCGCACGGGGAUAUGUCUACAUCACCCAAAACUCUUCUUUUCCAUAUCAACCAAGCCUGAUCCAAAUGAAAAAGGUCGAGCAUUAAUUGAAACAGAAGUCAGUCCAAGCCGUGUGGGCAGAAGAGUCCUUAACUACAUCGUAGACCACAUAGAUACCCUGACUCGGGAAUGGUAUCCGGAUCUUUCUGUAAGUGAUGGCGUUGGACCUAAAGUGAGACAGUUUAUUCCAUGUGUAAUCUGUGAAAGACUAGGCUUUAAGCCCUAUGACUUCUCUUUCGUCGAGUGCCAAAGACAGAGCUCAAAGUCAGACACCAUCCCAUGUCCAAAUCACAGCAGAUGGGACCUCAACCUCCAUCUUGUGUGCCCAGAUAUAAUGCUACAAGAUGUCGAUCCUGACUUAUUGCUGUCUGAAGGAGAAAUAAUGUAUAAUGAAAGUGAGUCCAAUCUCUUGGGUAAAGGUGGGUUUGGAAAAGUGGUUCGAGGAAAAUGCCGCAACCAGUUGGUCGCCAUUAAAUUCUUCAUUCAAAACGACGAGACAGAUCCCUUGAAGCAUUACUUUGAGGCAAGAAAGGAGUUGAAUGUUCUCCGCCGAGUCAGACAGCAUCCAUAUCUCAUCAGUAUCGUCGGUGUUUGUCUCAGACCUUUAUGCUUGGUUCUGGAACUUGCUGAGAAAGGUAGUCUACAAGAGUCUCUGUUCAGCUCGUUGGUCAUACAUAGGAUUGUCUUGUACCGAGUUGCUUAUCAGGUCGCAGAUGCCAUCUCGUACUUACACUCACUGGGUGUCAUCUACCGAGAUUUGAAGCCCGAAAACGUUCUCGUUUGGUCUUUAGAUGAAAGGGAUGAUCUUCAUGUUAAGUUGAUCGACUUUGGAACUGCUAAUUUUGCAACGUCCACUGGUCUGAUUUCUUGCAAAGGCUCACUUGGUACAAAAGCACCAGAAAUGCUUGACCUAAGAAAGGAAGGAUACACUAUGCAAGUAGAUGUGUAUUCCUAUGCAAUUCUGUUGUAUCAGAUGGUACUCCGAAAACAACCUUUCCUCGAGAUUGACUCGGAGGCUUCUGUGAAUGCAGCGGUCACGAGAGGAGAGAGACCAAAAUGGAAAGACUCGAAAUUAACAAGAUAUGGAUUUCCAAGCCUGACGGAGCUUAUGCUUCAGUGUUGGGUGAGCAAACCAACAAGGAGACCAAGAGCUGAACAAAUUGCUCAGCAAGUACGUAUGCCUCCCUUCCAAGCGCUUCUUGGUAAACAACCUAUUCCUUCUCCACAGUCUGUGCGUCAUGCGUGUGUUGUACCCGACACCAAGGAGUUAUGGCUUGGGUGUUAUGACCAUAAAUUGAACAAGAUCCUCAUAUUCGACUGUAAUAACUUGGAUUUGAAGCAUACUUUCUCUGUAAGCAGUUAUCAAGACCAUGCUUUGCACCAAGUCCAGGCUUUGCACCACGUCGGUGAUCUGAUGCUAAUUGCUUUCAGAGGUUUAGACGUGAACGUCCUUAAUGCUUAUUCCACAUCUCCUCGCUACAAGCUUGUCUGGAGCAUUCUGUUGAAUGAGCAGGCCACUUGUAUUGCCUCUGACGACUCAUAUGUUUACGUAGGGAUGAACGAGGGCUAUGUUCGGUGCAUUUGCAAGAAAGACUUCAAAAAGCCCGAGAGGAAACGAAACGACCGCAUGAUCAAAGUUGAACGGCAUUGCGUUCUCUCCAUGAUUGCCACUAUCGAGAAGCUCUGGAUUUCAUCCAGCAAAUACAUAUUUACCUACUUCACGAAGACUGCCGAGAUGGAAGCGUUUGACAUGGAAUCAAUGUGGUAUGGGGGUCCCUUGGGGAUGGAGAUGAAACCUCAAACUCAAGUCUCCCAUCUGACUUCAUCCUUUGAUAAACAAAGUGUAUGGAGCACUUGUAGAUCUGUGUUGACAAAAUGGUGUGUGGAAAAGAGACGGACUCUUACCACGAUGGACUGCGCUCCUGUGAUCCAGGCUAUCAGCAAUAGUUCUGUGCUACAGGAGAGUGAUACUUGUAUUGUGUGCAUUCUUCCUGUGAUGGACACAAUCUGGCUGGGGACAGCUGGAGGAUACAUUUUAAUCUUCAGCUCGGAGGAUCUAAAGCUUUUAACGUGGUUUCAUCCCUUUGGAGAGGUUCGUACGCUUUCUUACUGUAUUGGUCCAGGUCCUUGUGGAACAGAACAAUGCUUUGUAAUCAGUACUGGAAAAAGCGUUCGGGCUGAGGGGUUCGGAACAAGCAACCCUGUGGUCUGCCCACUUACCCUUGAAAGACUCAGAGAAGUCCCGGACGAGUUAUCCUUCAUGGCCACAAAAGAGGAGUCUACUAGAAGCAGGCGACGAAGCACGGGAUCAAGAUCUACAUUCUAUCAUCCAAUAGGAAAUGAAACGGAAUUAAUGUCUAAAUGUUCUAUGCUGGUCUGGGAGGCUUUUCCGGCCAACGUGUUUGAAAGAAUGGAAGCGAAAAGUGGAAGAUGCCCACUAGUAAUUCAACAGGAAUGUCAAUCCGGUGACUAAAUAAAUAAUAUACAAAUAGAGUACAAUUAUUGUUACUAAACCUUGCAUCAGACGUUUUUAAAAGUAUACAUGUGUGACGCAAAAAAUAGUAUAAAAAGAUGAAGGUUGGUCACAUAGUUUUAUAAAUGUGCAAUGAUUUUAUGGUCACUGAGAUUCCUAAUAGACAAAAUGCUUUGCCAUAGAAAAGUGAGCAAGAGACUAAAAUAUGUAACGCCUUACCAUCGACGAAUGUUUUACGUGCCGAAACUGAAGACGUGUUUUUACAUCGAACAUUUAGGAUUACAUUUGAUAGGAUGAAAAUAGUAUGAAAUUAUAUGAUACGUUGUAGAUCAGCCACGAUCAGUUUUAUGAAUGUACAAUGAUUUUAUGCUCUCGGAUAUCACAGAUUCCUAAUGAACAAAACGCUUUGUAGAGAACUGUGAGUGGUAGAUUUAUAAAAUGCCAUACGACGCAAGUUGCGCGCACCAAAAUAGAAUCAUAUAUGAAUGUAUAGAGUAAAUAAAACAUUUAAGAUUGAAA